UUCAACUGCAUAUUGUUCGGGGUGAGUGCGAGCCAUUUAAGUCAGAUGAAGCUGCGCGCUCACGCAUCGUAGGUCAUGGUCAUGCAGGUACGGCUUUGCACACGGACGUAGGGGCGAGGCGACUCAUAGGCUGCCAGAUGUUCAUUUAUUUCCAGACAUACUCGAAGGAUAUUACUUGGAUACGCUACUUCGUGAUCUAUCUCUUCAUAGUCGAAACAGUGAAUACUGCGUGUGAUAUGUAUCUGAUCUACCAGCCCUUGGUCCAAGAAUUUGGAACGGUUGAGGCAGUGACGUUCUUCCCGACGAUGUUGGCCGCUUCACCCAUUGUUACGGUCCUCAUAUCCACCCCAGUCCAGAUAUUCACGGCGUGGCGGAUCAGCAUAGUGUCUCAGAGCAAGAUAAUUGCAAUCCUUAUUUGUCUCUUCUCCCUAGUCUCCUUCGGUGCCGCGCUCAAGGUCACGAUUAACGUCGCCACUCUGAAGUUGUUCGCGGCCAAGUUUACGUUCAACUUCAACUUCACGGGUGGGGUCUGGUUUGUCGCGUCGGCGAUCGCUGAUAUCCUCAUCACUGUAACACUCGUGUGGAGCUUGACGGUCCGGAAGACGUUCCAUGUUAGUACGAACGUGUCAAUCAACAGGAUCGUCCGUUUGACGGUGCAAACUGGACUUGUCACCAUGUUCUUUGCGUUGGCCGAUCUACUUCUGUUCACCAUAGACUCGAAAACCGCCGUGAGCUUUGCAUGGGACUUUUCUAUCUCCAAGCUGUACACGAAUGCACUCCUCAGCACGCUGAACGCGCGCGUCGGCUGGAACAAUAUCAACUCGUCUGAACAGGAACCGGAUAACGUGCUGUUCGGCAGGUCAACCUUCGGUGGCACCUCGCGUGCGUCGACGAGCGUCACGAUGUCUGGCAGUACCUACCAGCCGAAGAGCCUCAGGCACAAUGUCACAAUCGGCAGCGGCAGCUCAAGAGCGCCUGUCGAGUCAUUCGAGCUCGAAAGUGGCACCUACUACAAGCCAGGCGACGUCGGCAUUGAAGUCUCCACGGAUGUUGUCACGGACAGUGCGCAGAGUCCCCGCCGCUUCUAUCCACCGGAGAGACCCACACAGUAGAUGUUAUGACGAGAUGAUGGCCAUAAUUUAGCGCAGACGAUACUUGACGACUGGUUUGUGGGUGUUCAUGGAAUAUCUUGAUCCCAUACCCUGUACAACGAGGAGACCAGCUAUGCAUGCUUAUAUAUAUUCACACCGUCUCUAUGAUUCCACGACUACA